AUGUCGACGAAACUGGCGCCCACGAAAUUUGUUCGAUCUGUUGUGAGAUCGUUCAUGGCCGAGUCCGGCCUGGAGCCGAGACUCCUCGGCCCUCACAAUUUCCGGGUCCUCCAUGCGGAGAAGGGCAAGGUCGACUUUGAGCUGGACAUCCACAAGGACCACACGAACCGUCUAAAGAUCUUGCAUGGAGGGACGAUUGCCAGUUUGGUCGAUCUCGGUGGCUCACUGGCUGUAGCCUCCAUGGGACUCUUCGCGACGGGUGUCUCGACGGAUCUGAACGUGACCUACCUCAGCGGUGGCGGCAAAGUGGGCGAUAAGCUUCAUGGAACUGCCGUGUGCGAAAAGAUCGGCAAGACCCUUGCCUUUACCCAAGUCACCUUCAAAAACAAGAAGGGGGAGCUUGCCGCCAGGGGAAGCCACACCAAAUACGUCGCUCAAGCAUGGGGUGCUCACGAAUCGUACACGGCCCCGAACGAAUAUGCAGAGGCGAAAGAAGACAAGUAG